AUGUUGUGCGUGGUCGUGUCGCUCGUCCUCGCCGCGGGCGUCGCCGCCUUCGCACGCGCCCUGUACGCAGACGUCGCCCGCAAGACUAGCCUCCGCGCGGACCACCUCGCCAUCCAGGCCGCAGAGUGCCUCCUGGCCCGCACGGCCAACGCAUGUCUCCUGCGCGACGGCGUCGCUACCCACCCGACCCCGGCCUUGGACGCCCUGUGCAAGAAGUGGCUCGCGUGCGAGCGCAGGGGCCACGUUGUCCACCGCGACGCUCUAAGUGCCACCGUGUGGGCAGAGACUUUCGCGGAGACCGUCAACUCGUUCGCGGACAGCAUUUCGUCCACCGCCGUCGUCAUCGCCCUGGCCGCCACGAUCGUGCUCGCCUUCUUGAUGAGCAGCGCCGCGUUCGGGUUUAUGCAUAACAAGGUCGUGGCACACGGGCCUCCGGAGAGGUCCGUCACGCACGAGGCCCUGCUCAAGGACAGUUCCCCAUUCGGUGGAGCCCUGGGGGUCGAGGCCAAGCGAGGGGACGCGAAGGCGAUUACGAAUGGCCGCCACGCUAGGUGAGACAGGGUUGCGGUGGCAAGCGCACGUUUGUUUCAUUUGCCGCGUCAUGUCGUGGGUGGCAGUUGACAAUGUGACCGAUUUUUUUUAAUGCUGGAGAGAGAGAAGCUCCAGUGACGACAACUUCAAGUACGAUGGGCAUUGUGGGAGAGCACAGUUAUGACCUUGUGCUUGAGUUUUUUUGAAGAGCCCAACACGGACUGCGUACGUGCCCACUGAUUGAAUGCCACGGGUAGUGAUAUUAUGAUGCUGGAGGAAGUUGAGUGUGGUUUUCGAGGAGGGCAGGUCUUUUCGACAUCAGAUGCAACAAGUGAGCUGAUAUUUACAAUGUCGCGCAACGUGUCCGACGUCAGCGCGUUCAACUGCAAUAUUUUGCACCGUCCGACGACAGGUAUGGUCGACAUACCCAUAUAGUACAGCACGUCGAAGACCUAUUGCUGAUAAUCGCUGGGGAAGCCCGGAGUUUUAGUCGUCCUCCGUUUCCAAGUCUUGAGUUGUAUUUCAUUUCAUCCCUAAUAAUAAUCUAACGAAAGGCGUCUUGAGAGCUGCACGUGAGGUGCAUACCCGUGUAUGUGCAGCUACGUACGUACGUAUGUGACAUCCAUAUGUAUAAAUAGAUGAGUUGAUAUUCUUCACCUUCCCGGAUCCUCUAGCUCAAUGCUUGCUUGUACGAAUAUCACAUAUUGGUACGUUUGGUAACUCAAUGUCUGGCGAUCUGUCGGAAUUCCCUACAUGUUGAUGAGCCAUGCUGAAGGGGCAAUGAUCUGCCUUUCGCCGAGAAAAACUUGUUCCUCCAGUGAAUGUGUAGAACAAGCGACUGGCCUGCUUGAGUACGGGGACUUACCAAACUGAGCAACUCUGCUCACCAACGAAGUGAUGCACUAUUACAAGUUCCUUGACGCUACAACGACCUUGACGCUACAACGACUUCUGUAAACGAAAAUGACAUGGCGACUUAUCCAUCGUUA